AUGGAUGCGCAUGCCCUGCUCUCGUCGCAAGGAUGGCGCGGCCACGGUCACUCUCUCCACAAGACGUCCGACUCGAUCGGCUUGUCGAAACCUCUCCUCCUCAAUCGCAAAGACAACACCAAGGGUCUCGGCACCUCGUCACACUUCAAUGCGGACCAGUGGUGGCUCAACGCGUUUGAUGAGCAAUUGAAAGGCUUGGAGACCAGCAAAAAGGGCCAGGUGAAGCAAAUGAUCACCACGGGCAAGCUCAACACCGUCGACGUUGGCGGCCUUGGGAAAUACUCUGUGUACAACUCCUUCGUCAAGGGCGGCUUCCUCAACGGCACGGUGGAUCUUCUCAAGAAGCAAGCGGAAGACAGCACCGGAGGCGACUCGCAUAUGAAGAAAAAAGAGACAAAGGAGGAGCGCCGGCAACGGAAAGAGGAGAAGAGACAGCGCAAAGAGCAACGUGCAGUCCGACGAGAAGCACGUCAUGCGCAGCGAGCUGUCCGCAAAGAGGCGCGUCGGAGAAUGAGAGAGAUCCGAAGACAAGCCCAACAGGAGAAGAGGGCGGCGAAGAUAGAUAAGAGGAAAAAGGAGGCGAGCUUGGACAAGUCCAGCGAAGAAUCGUCAGGGGACGUCAUCGAGGACGAGAAGCGCUUGCGGCGAGCAAAGAAGGGGGCAAAACGUAGGAAGCGCGCGACUGAGAACUAG